AUGGCUUCCAACAACGACUACGAGUUCGACCCCAAUGAGAUGACGCCGACUCCCACUCCGGUGUCGCUCUCAUCGUCUUAUUCCCGCCCAUUCCUAGCACCAUAUCUUCAAUACGCCCUCUAUUCCGUUCCCGGAGCACCACAAGUUGACGCCAUCGAUCCAGAGGUCGCCGCUGCCUACGCUCGACUGCCGCGGCUGUCGCUCGAGGUCAUCGACAAGAUUGUUGAAUAUGUCGAUGUCCCAGAAGCCAUGACAUUCGCGCAUCUAUCGAAGCAGCUCGUUCUCAUCGGCCGCAAACGCAUGCUGCGCGAUGUGGCCAUCCACUACCGACACCAAUACGGAGAACGAUCGAUGUCAGAGAAACUGCUCGAUAUGUUGAAGUUGGACCCGAGAUAUGCUGGGUAUAUUCGUCAUUUCGAAGUGUACGACGUGGUUCGCAAUCUUCGAGGCUUGAUCGAGGCCGCCCAAGGGGGAUCCCUGUGGGGCGACGAGGAAUUUGAAGACACCGCAGCUACCCUGGCUCUCAAGAAGCAACACGAGGUGUCUCCUGGGUGGAUGUUCCACGACGACGCGCUUGCUGAAAUUAUGGUGCUCCUCCACGACGUCCAAUCCGUUGUCCUUCAGUUCAGGGGUUACUCCUUCGACGUCGAGCUUUACAAUCGGCAAUAUCCAGACGCCUUGGAACACUUGCUGACAAUCCCAACCAUUCAGAGCUUCAAAAUGCGGGGAAUGGCGAACUUCCCGCUCUCGCAGCUUCAACGAAUGAAUUGCCUCCAUACAUUCUCCGUCUGGUCCUGCUCAUUCUCAAGCUCCGAGAGUUCUGUCUUUUGUGGCCCGGAAAUAAAGGCCUUGCUCAAGAACUGCAAUGUUGCAAAUGUGAACGAUCCCGAAGGCCACUUCUUGGGAUAUUUGCAGGAUAGGCGGUGCACUCUCGAUUUUGGUUGCCUACAGAACCUUGUCGUCGAUAUUAGGAGCGCUCAUGACAUCCCCGUUGUCGGAUAUAUCAUGGACGCCGCCGCUGAUGCGCUCGAUCAUUUCCAGCUGUCCACCAAAUAUUUAUACGACCGUCCAGAGGAAAGCACGAUUCCUUCCAUUGGAAUACCGUUCACAUCACUCGGCCUUUCCAACCUUAAGUUCAUCCGCUCUCUUUGCCUCCGUCUCAAUUUCCGUCCAAAACUCGGCAUCGACGAAAUUGAGUGGUUCCUUCGAAGCAUGGAGGCUCUCCCAUGCGGUAACCACCUCGAGGAGCUAGAGCUUAUUUUGGACAUGGCUCACGAUAGCGAUGGAAGCGACCGUCAAGACCUGAAAGACUAUGAACACUGGCCGCGCUGGGAGGACAUCUUCCUCGCGCAGAACCUUUCCGGUAUCACCUACCUUAAGAUCGUCAUUUCGUCGGCGUACCAGGAGUGUUUCUAUUACAACUACGACAUCUCUUGGCCCGGCGCGUGCAUCAAGUUACCUCGCUUGAGGGCAAAGGAAGGUCUCGAGCUAGUUUUAGACGAGAUUUGGGACAUGACAAUUAAGCAGCCGAGGCUUGUCCCGACGGGUAGUUUCCAGCUGUGA